GUCUUCGCGGGAACACACUGAUUUCCUCGUCAACCGAAAAUAGUUUCGCAGCUAUUGUUUACGACUUUGCCGGCCUGACUUGAUAGUGAUACAUUUGCAUAAAAAGUAAUUAAGAUUGAUAAGAAGCCAGAGGAGACAUUAUUACUGUCACGUGCAGUCUUUCGUGGAAUCUAAAUCAGAAUAGAACUCGUUCAGUGAAAAUUUUAUUGUCGUAAGUGAAUACGAUUGAAAAGGUAAAUAACUUAUUAAAUGCUAAUACAUUCAAUAUUUGUGGUUAACUUUGUAUUUAUUCUGUUAUGUUUGACAAUUCUGUUUGCCUGAAGGAAAUGCCGCCACAUAAUCAACAAACAGCAUCGUGGGCGUUAUUUGAGUCAGAUAUGGCCAAAGAAGCGGCCCCUGUGCUGCCCUCGGCGGAGAAACGGAAAUGGCAAAUAGUUUGGAGAAAUGUCAUCCUAUUUGCAUUACUACACAUAGGAGGUGUAUAUGGAGGCUAUCUCUUCCUCACGAAGGCGAUGUGGGCCACUAGAAUAUUCGCUGUGGCACUGUACCUCGCUUCAGGCUUAGGAAUAACUGCAGGUGCUCAUAGGCUCUGGGCCCACAAAUCCUACAAAGCCAAGCUCCCACUCCGCAUAAUGCUCACCGUUUUCAACACUAUUGCUUUCCAAGAUUCCGUACUAGAUUGGGCUCGCGACCAUCGAAUGCAUCACAAAUACUCGGAAACUGACGCAGAUCCACACAACGCCACUCGAGGCUUCUUCUUCUCCCAUAUUGGCUGGUUGCUGGUCAGAAAACACCCCGAGAUCAAAGCUAAGGGACCUACAAUCGAAUUGGAUGACCUACGAGCUGAUCCUGUAUUAAGAUUCCAAAAGAAGCACUACUUGAUUCUUAUGCCACUGGCGUGUUUCAUUCUGCCCACCUACAUUCCGACAUUAUGGGGAGAGUCCAUCUGGAAUGCGUACUUCGUUUGUGCAGUAUUCCGAUAUGUCUACGUACUGAACGUUACGUGGCUGGUCAACUCUGCAGCCCAUAAGUGGGGGAGCAAACCGUACGACAAAAACAUCAACCCAGUCGAAACAAAAUCAGUGUCGCUGGUCGUUUUAGGUGAGGGCUUCCACAACUACCAUCACGUUUUCCCUUGGGACUAUAAAACUGCCGAGUUGGGAAACUAUUCUCUGAACCUUACUAAAUUAUUUAUUGAUACGAUGGCAAAGAUUGGUUGGGCUUAUGAUCUCAAGACUGUAUCCUCUGAGGUCAUAGAGAAACGAGUUAAGAGAACAGGUGAUGGCUCGCACGAAGAAUGGGGAUACGAAGAAAUAAUUGAUACGAAUGAUAAAACCCAAUAAUUCCAUGUAAUAUUUAUAUAUUGCACGAUACCAAAUACAGGAAAAGUAUUCUUAUACAAGUUCCACGAUGUGAUAUUAUAGAUUAUUUAAAUUAUUGUUGUCUGGUUUUGGAUUUGUAAUACAUUGAUAACUUAUUUAUUUGUGUAAAUACUAAGGCCAAAGGUGAUGAUACCUAUAUAGAUAAAAGAUUGUACGGACAAGACUUUUAAUAUGAGACUCUAGUAAUAAAAUAAUAGAUAUAGA